AAAACCCCCUCCCCUUCCUCUCUCUCCUCUCAUCAUUCUUCCUCAGUGCUCUGUUUUACAUUAUUAUUGAAACAAUGACACACAAGAACACUUCCUCAGAGGCAGAGAGUACCAGCAACUCCUCUUCUGCUUCUGCUUCUGCUUCUUCUCCUUCUUCGUCAUCAUCUGUGUCGUCGGAAAGCAAGAAGAAUCCCGCGGGGAAAACGUCUAUAAAGUCCAAGGCGCACAGCGUAGGAGAGGAAAACAGGGGAAAGCGAGGAAGAGAGUCCAGCAAGCACCCUGUUUACAGAGGGGUGAGAAUGAGGAGCUGGGGGAAAUGGGUAUCGGAAAUUCGCGAGCCGAGGAAGAAAUCCCGCAUUUGGCUCGGCACUUUCCCCACCCCUGACAUGGCAGCGCGUGCGCACGACGUGGCCGCGCUGAGUAUCAAGGGUGACUCUGCCAUCAUCAACUUCCCUGACCUCGCCGAGUUGCUUCCCCGACCAGCGUCGCUAAUGCCGAGGGAUAUCCAGACCGCGGCAGCUAAGGCAGCCUCCAUGACCAAUUUCAAUACACUACCAACCUCCUCCUCCUCCUCCUCGUCACUAGCAUCGGAAUCCUCUUCUUCGCCGUCGGAGGAGCCAGAGGAACUGAGCGAAAUCGUGGAGUUGCCGAAUAUAGAAGGGAGUUUCGAGUCGUUCGAGUCGCUAGACAAUUUCAUGCUGAUUGACUCUGCUGAUGGCUGGAUGUAUCAGCCGGAAAUUCUCUACGGGGAAUUUCCCGAUCAGCUACUCGCCAGUGCAGAGAGUUUAAUCCCGACCAACUUCGAUACAAAGUUGUGGGAUUAAUUUGGUGUGGUUUUUACUAUCUUUCUGUUACCAAUCAGGUCCGUGUAAUUCUGAAAUUUACAGUUUGCUUCCCUAAUUUUUGCUGACUCUUAACUGUUUAACUUCAAACUUUUAUGUUGUUGUAAGAUACUCCAAACUUUUAUGUUGUUGUAAUAUACUCCACACUAUUUG